AGUGAGUGUCGGGCGCCAGGUGGGCUCCGUGCAGGUCCCGAAAGCCCGGCGGUGUCUGUGGGUUUAGUCACGUGUCCUCCAGAAGCGUGUGACCUUGCGCUUGUCCUGGCGUCCGGAAGCCUGGGUUAUUGGUUGUGUCCGUGGAACUGUCUUUUGUCCCGGGCUUGUGUCUGUACACUUUUCCAUGUGGCCGGUGUAUUUUGUCUCUGGUCAUUUGUGCGAUCCUGGGUGUUUGAGCUUCUCCGUGCUUUACGUCGUGGGCCUGGUUGUGUUUGUGUGCCCGCGCAGUUAUUGUGCCCUUUGUGUCAGGCAUAUAUUUGGCCAUGUGGUCUACGACUGCUCCGUGUGUGAUAAGUCAGAACUUCGUGCAUGCCGGGGUGCUCCUCGUGUGCUGAGUGCCUUCUCCGUGUGCGCCGCUUGAGUUGGCCGUGGGUCCAAGCGUUGUACUCUGGGCACCCUUUGGGUCUGCCUACUGUUGGAGUUGACACACUACCAAAUGAAGUCAGUACACCGGAGAGCUGAGUCCAUGAGGUUUCUCUAGAACCAGCUAGGGGAGGCCCAAGGGUCUGGGAAUCUGGAGACCUGGAUUCUAGAUCCUGCGGUUUUGAGUGACCUUGGGAUGGACGGCUUCUUUCUAAGAAUCCGGUUUCUCCUCUGUGAAGUAGAUUUGGUAACCCUGGCUCCUGCUGACCUCACGGAGCUGUUGGGGGAACCAAACCUUGGUGUAAUGUACUGUACACAGGCUCCCUCCUUACUGUCCACAUCCCUGGAAAAGAAUUGGCGUCUAUUCUUCAGAAAGAAAGGCUCUGCUGUUCGUAUGCAUUUGUCUGUUUACUUAGCACAUAUCAUGGAUGCACUCAAGUGUGUUCAGUGGGAGAGACUUGGAGGAAAACAGUCACUUGCCCAUUACAGCAAGCGAGACGAGACCAAUACAAUACAGGGUACAGGGCAGUCAAGCCACAGGAAGCAGAUGGCUUGUGAUGAAAAAGGCAAUGAGAAGCACGACCUUCAUGUUACCUCCCAGCAGGGCAGCAGUGAACCAGUUGUCCAAGACCUGGCCCAGGUUGUUGAAGAGGUCAUAGGGGUUCCACAGUCUUUUCAGAAACUCAUAUUUAAGGGAAAAUCUCUGAAGGAAAUGGAAACACCGUUGUCAGCACUUGGAAUACAAGAUGGUUGCCGGGUCAUGUUAAUUGGGAAAAAGAACAGUCCACAGGAAGAGGUUGAACUAAAGAAGUUGAAACAUUUGGAGAAGUCUGUGGAGAAGAUAGCUGACCAGCUGGAAGAGUUGAAUAAAGAGCUUACUGGAAUCCAGCAGGGUUUUCUGCCCAAGGAUUUGCAAGCUGACGCUCUCUGCAAACUUGAUAGGAGAGUAAAAGCCACAAUAGAGCAGUUUAUGAAGAUCUUGGAGGAGAUUGACACACUGAUCCUGCCAGAAAAUUUCAAAGACAGUAGAUUGAAAAGGAAAGGCUUGGUAAAAAAGGUUCAGGCAUUCCUAGCUGAGUGUGACACAGUGGAGCAGAACAUCUGCCAGGAGACCGAGCGGCUGCAGUCUACAAACUUUGCCCUGGCCGAGUGAGGUGUGGCAGAAAAAGGCUGUGCUGCCCUGAAGAAUGGCGCCACCAACUCUGCCGUCUCUGGAGCAGAAUUUACCUGAUUUCUUCAGGGCUGCUGGGGGCAACUGGCCAUUUGCCAAUUUUCCUACUCUCACACUGGUUCUCAAUGAAAAAUAGUGUCUUUGUGAUUUUGAGUAAAGCUCCUAUCUGUUUUCUC